AUGUCCGAUGAACCUACCAUCCUCCGUCCCCGUCCCCGGCGUAUCUUCGACCUGACACCCUCGAACGAGUCGUCGGAGACUUCCACCCCUGCCGAACCCGCGAACCCGGACCUGCUGAACCCUAAGGAGACCAGCUCGACCAGCGUGAGCCGCAAUGCGUCGAUUUUGAACCUGACGUCGUCCACGCUAUACGGUAUUUACUCCCCGACGGCGUUCGAGAGCACCCGUGAAGAGUCCAGUCCCUGGGGCACAGAAGCGCAGACGCCCAGCUCGGAGACUCUACCGGCCAUCCAGACACCGUCAGAAGGGCCGGAUCCCUUGGCUUUGCAGAGGACUCGGUCGCGCCUCAGCCAUGGCCUGUUCCGCGGGGUGAUUCUGCCCCAGGUGGUGAGAAGUGCGCUUCUUUUUGGCUUCGGUGUGAUCUACGGGGUUAUCACUGUGCAUCUACAUGAGAACCACUGGAUCACGCCGGUGAAGUUGGAGAACAUCCAUGAUUACGACUCGUGGCAAUACCUUGGGUUCUGGGGCUUCAGUGGAGUGGCGCUGGGUAACUUCCUGCCCUGGCUCGAUUCUUUUGCAGAGCAGAUGGAUGCAAACCGUUCCCGCGCACCCAAGGGACAGGGCAACACUCGUGACCGCGAAGACCGCACGCCUGCUUGGGUUUCAGUGGCUCGAAGCGUUGGGGCGUUUGUCGGAAUUGCCUUUGCUCUGCGAAAGCUUCCCUGGGAAUCCACUACUCAGGCCUCUGCUACUCUUGCUCUCGUCAACCCUGUUCUGUGGUAUCUCAUCGACCGCACGAAGGCCGGGUUCCUGUUAUCGACCGUGGUUGGACUGGCAGGGACCGCUGUGGUAUUGGGCCUGAAGCCAGAGUUAAUACCGACAUCCACAGAGACUCCCGCAGCUAGCAUCCCGCUACUGAACAACACGAGCCGAGACUUUGGAUUGGUCUCAGGCGUCACACAAGAGGGCGCUGCGGUCCGCAUCUGGUUGGCGAGUGUUCUCUUCUGCGCGUGCGUCUGCUUUGGCAACGUUGGCCGACAAUUGGCCAUUGGAGGUGGAGGCAAGUAUGGGCUGGAAUAG